UCGCCCUGUGCUCUGCUUCCCCUGCCCACUCUCCCACUUUUCUUUCUCCUCUAGCCCCCUCCCCCCUCGGGCGCCUCUCACCCCUAUCAUCCAAUCUUCCGAUGGCCUUCAGCUGCCUCCUCCCGCUCCCCUUCGUCGUAGUCCUCCUCUCCUGGGCGCCGCUCCUCGCCUUCUCCUCCGAGCCCCUCAACGCCGAAGUGGAGGCACUGAUCGCCAUCAGGCAGGGGCUGGUCGACACGCACGGCGUGCUGAGCAACUGGGAUCAGGACUCCGUCGACCCCUGCAGCUGGGCCAUGAUCACCUGCUCCGCCCAGAACCUCGUCAUCAGCUUGGGAGCGCCGAGCCAGGGCUUGUCGGGGACUCUGUCGGGGCGGAUCGCUAACCUCACACAUCUUGAGCAAGUGUUGCUGCAGAACAACAACAUCACGGGCCGGCUGCCGCCGGAGCUGGGCGCGCUGCCGCGGCUCCAGACGCUGGACCUCUCCAACAACCGCUUCUCCGGCCACUUGCCCGACACGCUGGGCCGCCUCUCCACCCUCCGAUACCUGAGGCUAAACAACAACAGCUUGUCCGGCGCGUUCCCCGCGUCGCUGGCCAAGAUCCCGCAGCUCUCCUUCCUGGACUUGUCCUACAACAACCUCACUGGCCCCGUUCCUGUCUUCCCCACAAGAACCUUCAAUAUCGUGGGCAACCCGAUGAUAUGCGGGAGCAACGCGGGCGCAGGGGAGUGCGCCGCCGCAGUCGCACCGGUCACCGUACCCUUCCCGCUGGAAUCCACUCCGAGCAGCAGCAACACAGGAGAGGCAGCGGGGCGGUCAAAGGCUGGCGCGCGGCUGCCGAUCGGCGUAGGGACAAGCCUGGGCGCCUCCUCCCUUGUGCUCUUCGCCGUGUCCUGUUUCCUCUGGAGGCGGAAGCGCCGGCACUCGGGCCCCUCCGUUCUUGGCAUCCUCGAGAGGGGCUGUGAUCUGGAGGACGGCAGCAGCGGGGUGGUGGUGCGGCUGGGGAACCUGCGCCAGUUUGGGCUGCGGGAGCUGCAGUCGGCGACAGACGGGUUCAGCUCGAAGAACAUCCUGGGGAAGGGCGGGUUCGGAAACGUGUACCGGGGGCGGCUCCCCGACGGCACGACGGUGGCCGUGAAGCGGCUCAAGGAUCCCAGCGCGUCCGGGGAGGCGCAGUUCCGCACCGAGGUGGAGAUGAUCAGCCUCGCCGUGCACCGCCACUUGCUCCGCCUCAUCGGCUUCUGCGCGGCCUCCGGCGAGCGCAUCCUCGUGUACCCCUACAUGCCCAACGGCAGCGUCGCGUCACGGCUACGAGGGAAGCCGCCGGUGGACUGGGCGACGCGGAAGCGGAUCGCGGUGGGCGCGGCGCGGGGCCUGCUGUACCUGCACGAGCAGUGCGACCCCAAGAUCAUCCACCGCGACGUCAAGGCCGCCAACGUGCUGCUGGACGAGCACCACGAGGCCGUCGUCGGCGACUUCGGGCUCGCCAAGCUGCUGGACCACGGCGACUCGCACGUCACCACGGCGGUGCGCGGCACCGUGGGCCACAUCGCGCCGGAGUACCUCUCCACUGGCCAGUCGUCGGAGAAGACCGACGUGUUCGGGUUCGGGAUCCUGCUGCUGGAGCUCGUCACGGGCCAGCGCGCGCUCGAGGUCGGCAAGGGCUCCGGGGUCAUGCAGAACCAGAAGGGCAUCAUGCUGGAUUGGGUGAGGAAGGUGCACCAAGAGAAGAUGAUGGACCUGCUGGUCGACCAAGACCUGGGCCCUCACUACGACAGGAUCGAGGUGGCCGAGAUGGUGCAGGUCGCGCUCCUCUGCACCCAGUUCCAGCCGUCUCACCGGCCCAAGAUGUCCGAGGUGGUCAGGAUGCUGGAGGGCGACGGCCUCGCCGAGAAAUGGGAGGCCACGAACCGGCCGGCGGGGCCGCCGCUCCACGUCGCGCUCGGUUACGAUCAUCGCAACGACUCCAACGGCUCGGUGUUCUUCAACGACUACCACGAGAACGACAGCAGCCUCAGCAGCGACGAGGCGCGGUCCAUCGACAUGGUGGAGGAGAUGGAGCUGUCAGGGCCAAGGUAGCAGCGCUGUCGGGAAAGAACAAAAAGUUCAUAGCAUCAAAUUUCAGUUGAAAAUUUACAGGGAGAGAGGAUUUGAUUUGUUGCUUGCGUAGCUAGUUUGGAAUUAAAGUUACUGGUUGCUUUAGAGUUCAGACCACAGUGUGUAGUUUCUGAUGGAGCGUUCCUUUUCCCUAGAAAGAUGUAAUCAUGUAAAGAAAAAGGAUGGCUUAUCUUUCGCUUCUUUUCACAGGCUCCUUUUCUUUUGCUGCUGCUGCUCUUUUUCCUGCUGAAUUGGGGACACAAGCACAUGCAGCAUUGCAGGCCUUUGGUAUGCCGGUCCUGAUCUCUAGCCACCUUUGGUAGUGCCAUGGUAGCUCUCAGCUCCUUCAGCUGUAAGGAAUGUGCUGCGACUUCGAGGCACGCAUUCAUUUUGACUGCUUUGUGACCUGUAAAGAUAACCA